UCCACCUGGCCCUGCGAUGCUAAUGUAAGCGCCCUCCACGCUAACUUGAGCCGCCCGCGCGCAUUUUAAUCCACACCCACCAAACCACCAUCAUCAAAUCAUGCCAAGCGCUCUCAAAUUCACAAAUUUCUUCAUUCUCCACGCCCAUAAACCCUACAGAUUGAAAUUCGCCAAUUUAUCCUCUCCCUCCCACGCCGCCGCCGCCGCCGCCGUCGAUUCAACGAAUAUCCCGCGGCUCAGCUAUCUCUCCAGCUGGCGAUGCAGGGCAAUAACCCUAUUCCACACCCCCUCGCGCGUUAGCCCCGCCCCCAAAUUCUCCCACGCCCAGAAUCUCUGCUUCUACACAUCCGAUUCGGGGAAAUGCGGCCAUUUUGAUCGCGGCAGGAGCGAUAAUUUGGGGACUCCAAUGGGGGGCGCUGUUGAUGGAAAGGUGGAGACCGAAACUCGCGAAGAAUCAGAUUUGCCGACGCCGCCGCUGAGCCACGACGAGAAAUCGCCGCGAAAGUCGACGAAAUUGCUCACGUUGCCUACGAUCCUGACGAUCGGCCGCGUCGCUGCCAUACCGAUUAUCGUUUACACUUUUUAUGUCGAAAGUUGGUGGGGACCAUCAGCAACUGUAGGAAUUUUUGUCGCAGCUGCCACUACCGAUUGGCUUGAUGGAUUUCUCGCGCGAAAGAUGAAAUUGGGUACUCCAUUUGGGGCAUUUUUGGAUCCGGUGGCUGAUAAGCUCAUGGUUGCUACUACCUUGAUCUUGUUGUGCACUAAGCCCCUUGAUGCUGGUAUAUUUGGCCAUGGACCAUGGCUAUUGACUGUGCCUGCAACUGCCAUAAUCUGUAGAGAGAUAACCAUGUCGGCAGUUAGGGAAUGGGCUGCUUCUCGUGACAAAAAGCUUUUACAGGCUGUUGCAGUUAAUAACUUGGGAAAAUGGAAAACUGCCACACAGAUGAGUGCAUUGACUAUCCUUUUGGCUGCUGGAGAUGCAAGCUUUGUAGGGGACGGAACUCUUGUUUCUUCGGGGGUAGUGUUACUCUAUAUUUCCGCCUGGCUCUCCUUAUGGUCAAUGGCAGUUUAUAUCAAAAAGAUAUGGCGAGUGCUAAUACUAUAGUGCUGUUAACCAUUCGAGGUUAGUGCAGAGUCACCCCCUGCUAUAUAGAGGUAGAACUACAUAGGUAUAGACUAUAGACGGCUAUUGGAGGUUCUUCAGCCUAACUCGAUUGAAGAGAAAAAAUGAGCUUUACAUAUUCGGUUGAAGACUCCUCUGCUCUAGGAUUUUCUUUCCUCGAUGACCUAAAAACGUCGACCAACAAUGCGUGCUACUCCAAGCCCAAAACCUCUGGCAACGAUUUCCUGCGAAACACCCGUUAGGUGGUGGCUGAUUUUUAGAGCAAGGAAGACAAGUUUGUUGGUUCUUCUAAGAUCUAAGAAGAUUGAUCAAAAGAAGCAGAAAGUCUAUAUCAUGAUAGAAGUAGAACAGUAACAGUAACUACUACAGAAAGAAGUAUAAAAGAAUUUCCUCUGUUUCAUAUGCCAGUCAGCUAAAAUAUGCUCUGAGUCAUUUGCCAAGAAUAUGUAUUACUAUCAAGUUUGUAGAAAGGGAAAUGUCAAUUCAAUAGUGAUUUCCUAAAACUACUCAUAUUUCACCCCAAACUUUUCAAGUUCGCUGUCUCUAUCCGGGCUGCUGCUCUUUUCAUAAUAUAUUGCGGAGAGAUGGUUGCUGCUUGUGCCGGCGCUGACUCGAUUGUGAUCUAGGAAAAGAACAACAGCCAAGAUGUUGUCAUGGUUCGAACUCUGUGAAAUGAAACACAGGAACUUGUUGGUGCAAAAUAUAUGAAUAUGAACGAAAUCAAGGGUGGGGUGUAGAAAUCUUACCCUUCGCGAUAAUUUUCUCACCAUAGCAACUGCUUCUUCAUUUUUAAGAAUGGGGUGUUCGCCUGCCAGUAAUGGGAUGGCUUGGAUGUGCGGUGUGAGCCUAGCCCAUCGUUCCAGGAUCAAUCGAACGCGUCCUUUGGGCCUGACGAGUCGCCCCAAGACCACCUUAGCAUCUCCAGCAUUUGCAAUGUAUAUCUGUCCUAAGAUGAUGAUGGCCACCAUACAGCAGGACUCUGCUUUGGCUGCCGACUUGUCCUUAUCUUGCAUGCGAUACUUCUUAUCUAACUGCGACAGGGAUUCGUCCAAAAUGUUUGCUGACAUUUCUGUAACUUUCGACAUUGAACCUGAUGUAAGUAAAAAAAGAUGGUUGGGAUUAGCAUUUC